CGAAGCCGGAAAUACGGGGAGGGUAAACAUCUUCCAUCGCCAUGAUCUUUUCCUGACUGGACGCUGCUGCAGACCGGGACAGAGUUGUGAGAAGCUAACUCAGCUUUGACCUUGCUGCUUAGUGUUGUCAGCAAACAGCACACCGCCCAGAGAACACAAGACCACCCCAAGUUUAGGCGUUAUGUCGCACUUGUCCGCUCCUCCGAUGUCUGCGGUGCCCUCCUCGGGUUUCAGGUUAACCAAAGAGCAUUUUCUGGUGGCUGUGCCCGUCGCGGUCGUUGCUGCAGCCGGAGGUUUCCUGGUCAGCCAUUACCUGAGCCGCAAGUGCUGCAAGAAGAGCCAGGUGAACACGUGCGUGUGCAAAGACAGCCCCAAAGUUGUCCACAGCUUCGACAUGGAGGACAUCAGCACCAAGGCUGUGUACUGCCGCUGCUGGAAGUCCAAAAAGUUUCCUUUCUGUGACGGUGCCCACACCAAGCACAACGAGGAAACCGGGGACAACGUCGGACCUCUCAUCAUCAAGAAGAAGGACGCCUAAUGGAGCCGAGCAGAGAGCCUGGUCCUGUCCGACUGCGUCCCCGCCUAUCAUUCAUUCAUUCAUUCAUUCAUUACUGUUGCAGUGUGACACAGACCGCUGCCUGGUGACCCUGGAGCUGUCCCACAUUCCAGUCCGUCCCACACUAACCCACCUAUCUGUCAAUCACAGCAUCACCUCUGUGCAGACGUGUGUUUAACAGUCAGGUGUAGUGGAGGCAUUUUGAUCAAAAUAAUAUGAGUUUUGUCCUGAUGCAUCUCAGUAA